AACACGCACGCUUACAAACAAUUGGUAAAACAUUAUUAGGCUUAUAUUUAAAUACCGACCUGAAAUUCGUCUCGCUUCAGCCAUAUUAUAAAGACUACAUUUCCCUGAACUCCGCGCGAUGAGACCGAGGCACCGUAAACAGUACACCAGGAACAUGAAAAGAUCGGAUGACAGUGAGAGGGAAAAGAGGAGAAAGAGGCGAAGGCUUCUACAGGAACUAGGAGAACAGAAGAUUCCCUACCUGUCUCCUACAGACCCUGGAUUUCAGGAACUGUGGGACUCCAGUUAUGCGGGACUGGCGUUGCGGCAGUCCGGUUGCCUGCCAGAUGGUCUCCACGAGAAGGUGCAAUCUGCUCUGUUAACUCUUCAUCGCAGUGGCUGCCUCCUCAGAGAUCUAGUUCGUGUCCGAGACCGCGAUGUCUUCACGGCUGUUUCGCGCGCCCUCGUGGGUCAGGCGGGCUACACGUACCGUUAUCUUGAUACGCGUCUCUUCACCAUCCCCUGGCACUGUGAGGGAGAAGGCGGCCAGCGGGAUGAGAAAGAAAAACCUUGCUGUGACUCUGAUCUGAGGGACGCUUGCAAAGCAUUGUGGGAACUCAAUCAGUUCUUUUGCACAGACGUGCAGCAGCAGACAAACGCCAGAGGUGUUAAACGUUCCCGCAGUGAUACCGAAAACAGCGAAGACACACCAGGGGAGGGCCCAUGUGAGGACAGUGUCAAGGACAGGCUCAAAGAGGAGACGCAACAGAAACAGGAGAGGCUAAAGGAGGCACAGGAGGAAGAGGAUGACAGUGGUCAGGGCUGCUCUCAUUCUUCACCUCCUUCCUCCACCCCGCCACCUGCUCUGGCUAGCCUGUACCAGUUUAACGUUACUCUUAUCAACUACAUGGACCCCACAGCCAUGUCCCAACUAAAAGAGGAGCCGUAUUACGGCAUGGGCAAGAUGGCGGUCGGUUGGCAUCAUGAUGAGAACUUGGUGCCUCUUUCACCAGUCGCUGUUUACAGCUAUAGCUGCCCUGCAGAGCCAAAGAUUGAAGAAGCUACUGAAAAAGAUGGAGAGGGUCAGAGGAAAGAAAAAGAGACUGAGCGUGAAGGAACAAGUAUAGAUGAUGGUUCGAAGAAAGAAGGUGAAUGUUCGAAGAAAGAGGGUGAAGAUUCGAAAAAAGAGGAUGAAGAUUUGAAGAAAGAGGGUGAAGAUUCGAAGAAAGAGGGUGAAAAUUCGAAGAAAGAGGGUGAAGGUUCGAAGAAAGAGGAAGUGGAAAAAGAGAAGACAUGUUGGCGUGUUGGACUCAAGGUAGCCUGGGAUAUCCACACACCAGGCCUGGCCCUGCCUUUGCAGUCUGGAGAUUGCUAUUAUAUGACAGAUGAUCUGAAUCGGACACAUCAGCACUGUGUUCUGGCUGGUGACACGGCUAGAUUCAGCUCCACUCAUAGAGUUGCACAGUGUUGUACAGGUACGCUGGACUAUAUACAAAAGCGUUGCUCAGAGGCCUUGGAGAACUUGUGCACAGAUCCCGAAAAUAACAGCAAGAGCUUGUGUUCCCUCCUGCCCAAUACCCUGCAGCACAUUGAGGACAUCCACAAUGAGGUGGAGUUUGAGUGGCUGAGGCAGUACUGGUUCCAGGGCCGACGUUACGCUCGAUUCUGCAGCUGGUGGACUAAACCCAUGGAACAGCUGGAAAAUGACUGGAAGGAGAUGGAGCGAAUGACUCAACUGCUGCUGGCCGUGGUGGAGGACGAGAACACGGCGCAAGAGAACAGAAGAGAGAUGGCAGACGUCCUGUUGAACGCCCUGACAGACAGACAGCAACACAGACAGACAUGGAGAGACAGAUGCCAAUCCAGCCUCGCACAGACCUUGCCACCUGAAGAAGCACCUGUCGACCGACCCUACUGGAGUAAUGAAGACCCUGACAUGCCCCUCCCUUUUGACCUCUUUGACAUCAUCAGCCGUGUUGAGUCGCUUCUCUGGAGGAUGUAGGGAUGUUGUACAGAGAGUAGAUGAGAGAGAAAUAGAGAAAGAUUGUAAUGUGGUGGAAGAUAAGAGAUGAUAAGGCCCUGAUGGAGAUCACAGGUGACAAAAAACAGUACAUCAUAAACCUGUUUACUUUCUCUUCUUGGCCCACUUCACCUGACGACCAACAUUUACCUUCACACACCACUUUGAGGUCAACUCGGAGGGACAGACGGUUAUUUCGAUGGAGGGAUGAUUAAAGACAUUUUUCCUGUUCCUAUCAGUAUCAUUUACUAUCACUUUAACUAAGACCAUAGUGUUAACAUGACCAUGCAUAGAAACAUAUCAGUAGUAGCAUUCAGUAUCCAUAAAUAUCCGUAUAUAUAUCCACAAGUGUAUGUAUGUUUCAGUUCAGUUUUCCAUAUAUCCUUUAAAGCUUUUUUUGGACAUGCAUCAUAUAGAUGUAAACAGUAUACACAGUUCACUUAGUGUGUGUGUGUGUGUGUGUGUGUGUGUGUGUGUGUGUGUGUGUGUGUGUGUGUGUGUGUGCGCGCACGCGUGUGUGUGCACGCACCAUCUUUUGAGGUAAAAGUAAGAUAGAAUCCCAUUAUAUUGAAUAUGACUGGAUGAGUAAUAAGGCAUUUAUAGGAGGUGUCAAAUGUGUGCAGUUGCCUUUUGUCUAAUGUUUUGUCUAUGGAUUUUAUGUGUUUUAAUUGAAAAUAGUUUUUGAGUGUGUGUGUGUGUGUGUGUGUGUGUGUGUGUGUGUGUGUGUGUGUGUGUGUGUGUGUGUGUGUGUGUGUGUGUGUGUGUGUGUGUGUGUGUGUGUGUGUGUGUGUGUGUGUGUGUGCGCGUGUGUAUCUGCCUGUGUGUGUGACUGUUUGUAGAGAAAAGGCGAGGUAAACGUUUUUAAACUAACUUUGUUAAUGAAGUUUGUCUAUAUAGGUGCAUGCAGGUACGAGGCACGCACAUGUGUAAUUGUUUAGACGGCUUUAUUUCUGUGCGAUUGAAUAUAAGUGUGUGUGUGUGUGUGUGUGCACAGGAGGAAUGCACUUUUACAUCUUUUUAAUGAAUGAAGGAUGAAGAAAGCACUCUGAUGUCCUCAGAUCGAAUGAAAUGAAUGGAAAAGGGAUGACUGUCGAGACAAGCAGCUUUCGUUUUCCUUUUUACGUUUUUCUGUGUCAUCAGUGUUAUUGUAGAAGAUCCAUAUUAUAGUAUUUGAUGAAGACGCUUAAAUGUGUUUUAUACUUUAGAGUUUUCAUUGGUUGCCAAAUAUUGUGUUUAUGCUGAGUAAAUGCUGUGAGGUUGGUAUAUAAAUAUCUAUAAAUAUAUAAUCUUUCUUUCAUUGUGGUAUUUUUUCUGUUUUGUUCCUCCGGAGUGCCACAAACCCUGCUGCUUUUCUGAAAGCGUUGUGUGCGCAAAGCGCUAGUAUGAUAGAAAUAAAAUGCAAUGCUGGUUUAUUAA